AUGGGGGUUCUAGACACUCAGAGGCCGUAUCAACUUGAAGAAGAUGAUAACGACCGUCAUCAUCAUAACAUAAAUUCAUCACCAUCAUCAGGAGAUGCGGAGCUGGAUUCCCAGCACCAGACUAUGACAACGAACAAGAAGAAGAACAAGUACGUGGUGGUGGAAGACGAUGACGAUGACACGGCAAAGGAAGAAUUACUGUCGGUGGAGAAGUUGUUCGAGAACCAACCAGUGCCGUCAUGGCGGGAGCAGCUCACGUUCAGAGCCUUCUUCAUAAGCUUCGUCCUCAGCAUCCUCUUCAGCGUCAUCGUCAUGAAGCUCAACCUCACCACCGGUAUUAUCCCCUCUCUCAACGUCUCUGCGGGUCUCUUGGGCUUCUUCUUUGUCAGGACUUGGACCAAGUUCCUCGACAGGUGCGGCCUCCUCAACCAGCCCUUCACCAGGCAGGAGAACACCGUCAUCCAGACCUGCGUCGUUGCCUCCUCCGGGAUCGCCUUCAGCGGAGGGUUUGGGAGCUAUCUGUUUGGAAUGAGUGAACGCAUUGCCCAGCAAUCCAAAGACAGCAGUGACACAAAAGAUCCAGGAUUACUCUGGAUCAUUGGCUUUCUCUUUGUUGUUAGCUUUCUGGGCCUCUUCUCAGUCGUUCCUCUCCGAAAGAUCAUGAUCAUAGACUUCAAAUUGACAUAUCCAAGUGGCACUGCAACUGCUCACCUUAUCAACAGUUUCCACACUCCCGAAGGAGUCAAGCUAGCCAAGAAACAAGUAAGGGAGUUGGGCAAGUUCUUCUCCUUCAGCUUUUUGUGGGGUUUCUUUCAGUGGUUCUAUACUGCCGGAGACAAUUGUGGAUUUGCAAGCUUCCCUUCACUCGGCCUCAAAGCAUAUCAGAACAAGUUCUUCUUUGAUUUCUCGGCAACAUAUGUUGGAGUGGGGAUGAUUUGCCCCCACAUUGUGAACAUAUCAGUUCUUCUUGGAGGCAUUCUUUCCUGGGGAUUAAUGUGGCCUCUCAUAGAAACCAGGAGUGGUGAUUGGUACGAUAAAGAGCUCAGCCCAAAAAGCAUGAAUGGCCUUCAAGGUUACAAGGUCUUCAUUGCCAUUGCCCUGAUCCUUGGUGAUGGGCUAUACAACUUUGUGAAGGUGCUAAGUCGAACCCUCGUUGCUUUGCAAUCUCAACUCCGAAGCAAAGAUGCGAGCGGCAUCCUCCCUGUUAAGAAACAUCAUGGCUCUCCAGAUGUGAGCUCAGAGCUAUCUUAUGAUGACCAGCGGCGGACCCAGCUGUUUCUUAAAGACCAAAUCCCAGCGUGGAUAGCUGUUGGAGGGUAUGUUGUGUUUGCUGCAAUCUCAAUUGCCACUGUGCCGCACAUAUUUCCCCAACUCAAGUGGUACCAUAUAUUGGUUAUCUACCUCUUUGCACCCACGUUGGCUUUCUGUAAUGCAUACGGUUGUGGCCUCACUGACUGGUCCUUGGCAUCCACUUACGGUACGGUGGCCAUCUUCACGAUUGGGGCAUGGGCCGGUUCUGCACAUGGUAGUGUUCUUGCUGGACUAGCAGCAUGUGGAGUUAUGAUGAACAUUGUGUCGACAGCCUCUGAUCUAACCCAGGAUUUCAAGACCGGCUACCUAACCUUGGCUUCCCCCCAGUCCAUGUUUGUGAGCCAAGUCGUUGGGACAGCAAUGGGUUGUGUAGUUUCUCCUUGUGUGUUUUGGCUCUUCUUCAAGGCCUUCAGUGACCUCGGAAUACCUGAAAGUGCGUAUCCAGCUCCGUAUGCUGCUGUGUUCCGUAACAUGGCUAUCUUGGGGGUAGAAGGUGUAAAAUCUCUACCCAAGAACUGUCUCAUGCUUUGUGGCAUCUUCUUUGGGGCGGCCAUUGCCAUAAACGUGCUCAAGGAUUGCCUUGGUAAAAAGAGGGGACGCUUUGUUCCACUACCAAUGGCAAUGGCAAUCCCUUUCUAUAUAGGGUCGUAUUUUGCGAUCGACAUGUGCAUUGGGAGCUUGAUAGUGUAUUUGUGGGGAAGGGUAAACAAAGCCAAGGCAGACGCUUUUGUCCCUGCCGUAGCUUCAGGUUUGAUUUGCGGGGACGGCACUUGGACUCUGCCCGCUUCAAUACUCGCUCUUGCCGGGGUUCAGCCGCCAAUUUGCAUGAAGUUUUUGUCAAGCUCGCAAAACACUAGAGUUGAUGCAUUCAUAGCUGGUAAAGCUCACUAAUUAAGUUCAUCGCCAUCCCCAGCCUCCCCCUAUGCAUGAUAUCAUAUGUGUAUGUAUAUAUACGAAUCAUCUGUACAAGUCUUUGGAAGGAAGGUUUGCGUCGAAUUUGCUUAUGGAACAAUCAAAUAUUAUCUCC